AUGACUCCACACAACGAAAACGAGACUUCCAAUAUGGACUCCAACAACGAAAACACAAGCGCCAAUGGCGACACACAACCUCUUCUUCAGCUCGACACCAGCAAACGGGAAAGCCACCCCCGUUAUCUGGAUCUCUACUGCACUAAUGGCUCACCAUAUCGUGGCCAAGAUGAGAAAGAAUGCAUGAUCUGCAAAGAUGAAUUGGAAGAGAAUGACAGCAGCUAUACUCACAAGAAGUGUCGGCAUAGCUGGCACAAAGAUUGCCUCGACUCCUGGUUCAAUUAUGCGACCACAUCAGGCCAAGGCUUGUGUCCUUUUUGCAAACAACAAUACGACAGAAAACCUUCCACAAAACGAGACCUCCUGUGGACUUCCAUAAGCCACUGGCUCAGCACAAUCGCCGACGACGUGGAAGUCAGCUCCUGGGAAUUUAGAACCACGACUGAAGGAAGGAGUAUCCGCAUCGUGAUGGACAGACUCAACCGUAGACGACGGGAAAUCGCCAAUUUCGCCCCAAGUUUUGGUAUACCAGAACCUCUUCCCGAACGGAUCUCAGUCCCUGUCACGACUGAGCCAGAGUCCCGACCUGAAGCCCGCGCAACCUUCGCAAGCCUUCAUCCCACACUGAGCAGAGACCAGAUUCUGGAAUUGAUGUACCUUCAUAGCUUUCGCAGCCGCUAUCCAGGCGUACCAACGGAAUCCCACGCAACAGCCGUCGCCAACGAGGCGCAGGAGCUGUUAUCAGAGGCAGAAAACCUCGAACACUGGUUAUCAUACGGCGAGCUGCAUCCUAACUUUCGAAGCGGUCGGCUGUCCCCCACUCGUUGCUUGGAAAGACUGUGCAGUGGACGACCUUACAUUGUCGGACCGUUUGUGGCCACUGCACUAGAACAGUUCCCGUCGUUCUUUCCCGUGGAGGGCGAGUUGAGUGAUCUAUGA